AUGCUUAAAGUUAAGAACAACAAUAUCUCUGGAUCAUUUAUUAAAUGUAUUCCUAAACAUAGUAUAAAUACAAAAAAAUAUGUAUCAACCACUACUAAAGAUAAUUCCAAAGAUAAAACUGUAAAAUAUGCAACUGCAAAAAGUACACCCUUAAUUUCAAAGUCAAAUAAAGGAAUAUCAACUUUAAAACAAUCUAAAGACAAUGAGCUACUUAUACAUGAUUUAAACCAAUUAUUUAAUGGUACUAAUCCCUACAUAAAAAAAUUAACCCGCAAUUCUCCCACUUUAAAUAUCAAUCGAUUAAUUAUUCCAUUUCUUCAGCAUUCAGUUAAAAAUCAUGAUAUUGAUAAUAAGAAAAUUUUAUUACAAAAUAAAAUAUUUCAACAAUUCACUAAUCUAUUAGCGAAUAAAGACUGUAAAUAUAAAUUUGAUGCAUCUACUUUCAUUCAACUAUCUUUUCAAUAUUCUGAUUUGUUAUCUACACAAAAAUUUAAACUUAUUUUAUUAAGAACUUUAACAUAUUCAUCUCAACGCGAGUACCCUGAAUUUUAUUAUUAUUCAGGGCUAGCUUUACUAUUAGUAGCCAAAAAAGAUGUUACUUCUAUAGAAUGCCUUUUAAAAAAAAUACCUAUAUCUGAUGGAAGAAAAAGUAUCCUAAAGUAUUGUGUAUACUCAUCAUUAUUAAAGUUAAAUCAGUUUGAAAGUACAUUUAUUGAAUUAACUAAAUAUUUUGAUAAUUUAGCUAUUCCUAACCCAUCUUUAAAGAUCCAAAAUUUUAAUAACGAUAUAGAAUUGACAAUUUUCAAAUUGUUAGCUGAAAAUUAUUUUCUUCAACUGGCAACUUUCAAUCCACAUGCAGCUACUCAUCAAUGGGUGGCGUUUAUUAGGAAAUACUCUGAUUAUUUUUCCCUCUCGUAUCAAUUUUAUCUUCAAUUUAUUGAAAAUCUUCUUUUAUCCAAGAAUGCUAAAGUUAAUUGGGAAAUGGUUAAACGGAUCUAUGGUUAUGCGUAUCCUUUAAGUUUACGAAAGUCUGUUUCAAUUCCAAUGCCAAUAAUAAACUUUACUUGCUUAUUAUUUCCAGGGACAAAAGAAAAUUUUGCAAGCCAAUCUAUAUCUUCGAACUUAUCUUUAUUACUACAAUUUUGUAUAAAAAAGAAGGACACCCAAUUAUUUUUUAAAAUUUUAAACGAAUCAAUAAUUAGAAACAUAGUACUGAACUUAAACUCCAACAUUUAUCUCACCAUGCUGAAAUAUCUUCAUACUUCUGCACAGCCUAACUGUAAUACUUCAAUACCUAUGAAACAUCUUUUAUAUAUUUUAGAUUCUCAUGGUUCUUUAAUAUUAAAACAAGGGAAUAAUUUUGCUUCAUUACAAUACAUUAAUUUUGUUAAUAUGACAUUUGAAGAUAUGAAAGUACUUUGGAUUUCCUUUUUUACUCGGUCAAAAUUCUUUGAGAAUAUUUGUUUGUCAAUUAAUAUUUUACAAUAUCAGGAUGUUUUAAAUCAAAUAUUUUCCAAAAUUUACCUAAUACUAAAAACAGAAAAUUUGUUUAAUCUAAAAUAUAUUUUAGUCAUGUCAUGUAGAGCAUACACAAAUGUUUUGCGCGCUACUACUUCCUCUAAUACAACGAACGAUACCUCUUUUGAGAUAGAUUCCACAUAUAGAUUACUUGCUACCUUAUCUAAUAUUAUCAGAGAAAUAUAUGAAAUAUAUUCUAAUGCUACAUCGUUAGAUAACUCUCAAUUUGAUUCUAAGACAAUUACUAUUAUUAAAAAAACAAACCUACCAAAAAUAAAUAAUUUACCAUCCUUAUCUAAUAAUAAAUCCCAAUUUUAUUCUUUAUCAUAUUUGAUAAAAUCCAAUCCUAUUUUUGGUCUUAAUAUUUAUCACAUUUUAAGAAAUGAGGGCUAUUUGUUUGAUACCACAACAUACUUAGCAUUACUUUAUCAUUGCAGAUUUAUUGAUUCCAAUAUCGUCUCUGUUAUCCAAAAUGAACUGGAACAAAAUCAAUGUAUUAGUGAAUGUUUAUCUAAAGCUUUUAAUAAGGCCAUAAUUACAGCUCCCUUGAUAAAAAUUAAUGAAUAUAUACAGUACUUGCCUAUUACCAAUAGCAAAUUUCUCCUGAGUUUACCAGAUCAAUCUAUUAUUAAACUAUUUGAUCAGACUUCCGAUGCGCUAGAUGUCAUAUGGAAGAUUGGCUUCCCAACUAAGUUUCAAUCUGAAGACAUAAAAUCUCGACAUAAAUUAUUAAUAUCAUAUAUUUAUAAAAGGCUAUAUUCAGAACAACUCUAUCAGGAAAUUAUUAAUUUUCAAAGCUGUUGCGGAUUAAAUGACAAAGAUAUUAUUAUACUAUUAAAGUCAUAUCUUAAAUUGUUUAAAUUUAAUGAUUAUGAAAAAUGCUUGCAUCAAUUUAAUAACAGAAUUUCCCAAAUAGAACGUAACGAUUUAUCUAUAGAAUAUUCAUAUCGUAAAAAAUUUGAGCAAUUCAAUAUUCAGCAAGAAGAAUCUCUUAUAUCAAAAAAUAAUAGAGAACAUAUGAUGGCCAAAAUCAGUUAUUUGAAUAAUUUUCCAUUAUGGACAAUACCUAGAGUGAAUAAGAAUAUUAUAAAGCCUCAUAGUAUACAUAUUUUAGGAUAUGAACUAUUAAAUCAAUUAUUUAAUCUGUCGACAUUACUAAAAAGUUAUAGCUAUUAUACGGAUAAUAUUAAUGAAUUGAAAAUUCUAAAAUCUGAUACCUUACAAAAAUAUUUGUUAGUAAGGUUUAUGCUAUAUGAAAUAUAUGAUGCCACUAUGAUCUUAAAAAUGAACAGUUCUUUAAAGCUAUUAUCCCUUAUUAAAAUGAAAAACUAUUUGCGUUUUAGAAAAUUUCUAAAUUGUCCAAAUCUAAAUUUCCAUGAAAUGAAAAUAUACAUUUCCAUACUAGAACGAAUUGAUAAGGGUAAAUUAGUUGAACUGCUUGAUAAUAUAGUUGAAUCACAGACUUUUAAUAAGGAUAAAAAACCUAUUUUUUUGGAGGAGAAAUGCAAAUUCAAACUCGAAAAUAAUGAGAUGAAAGAAUUGGUCAAACAUUUAAGAGAAAAAAUAUUUAAGUGUCAUAACAUAAGUAGCUAUUAG